AUGGCCAGCCAAAAUUUAUUCCCUACCAUUGGGACCAUCGCAGAUACGACGGACAAGCUGCCGGAGCAGCCUGUACUUGAGACAAGGACCGUUGAGCUUGACGAUGAUAGGCCGGUGCAGGAGAUCGAUUCGCUAUGCAUGAAGUGCGGUGAACAGGGAGUUACCAGACUUCUCUUGACCUCUAUCCCGUAUUUCCGGGAGGUUGUGGUCAUGUCUUUCCGCUGCGAGAGUUGCGGCUGGUCCAACAAUGAGAUCCAAUCCGCGGGAGCGAUCCGGCCCGACGGCACCGUAUAUACUGUCCGUGCCCUCCUUCGCGAGGACUUAAACCGCCAGCUCGUCAAAUCAUCAACGUGCACAAUUGAGAUCCCUGAGUUCGAACUCACAAUUCCCGCUGGAAAAGAUCUUAGCGCGGACCAGCCCCUCCGCCGGAUCGAGAACGAGGCUGCAUUCACCAAGAUCCAAACUAUCAUUGACGGGUUCAGAGAGAUCCUGGCGGAUAAUGAAGAUGAGGAAGUCGAGUCAAAAGAGCCACUGGUACAGAAGGCGUUAGAGAAGGAUACGCCCAUGAAGCCGUUCACGUUGCGACUAGACGAUCCUUCGGGCAACUCAUUCAUCGAAUUUCUUGGGAAGGGUAUCCUCGACCAGGUUCAUGAGGAGCUUUCGGAGAAGGUCUUCCGGGCGAGCGACUCGCAUACAGGCGAUAACGCGUUCGAGAAUUUCUUGAAGAAGCUGAAGGCGCUAAAGAAUGUUGAACAGCCAUUCACCAUCAUCCUCGACGAUCCUUUGGCAAAUUCAUACUUGCAGAACCUAUACGCUCCUGAUCCCGAUCCGAAUAUGACAAUCGAGGUUUACGACCGCACCUGGGAACAAAACGAGGAGCUUGGAUUGAAUGACAUGAAGGUCGAGAACUAUGAGCAAGAUGUAGAGACGCCAGAAAACUCAGUGCCAGAGGCUCAAUAG